UAGUUGGCACAGUGCAGCGAGGUGCUGGGCAUGUUCACCGUGACGAUGACUAGUGGCUGAGCGCAUCCCAAACACCACUACGCGUGGUCACGCUUUUGUCAGGGUUGACUCCAUCUCGCGCCGGCCCAUGACGGCAGCCAACUCCCUCCUAUCUAGUUGCACAUCGCAUUAACCGCCAACCACUCUGCACACGCCAGACCUGCUAUUACGCCUGCAACAUCGCAUGUGCUUCCCCACACUACACACCCAUCAUGAGCGACUACGGCGAUGACUACUCAGACUACGGCGAUGAGUGGUUCUACAUUGAGGAAGAGGAAAUAGUCGCCGACGACUUGGCCGAGCAUGCUGUGGCCUCACCUCCGCCCACAACGUACGGAGACGACGACAACCAGCCCGACUGGGACCGCUUCGACUACUACAACGACAUCGAAUAUGCGUCCGACGGCUUCGAUGAUGCCAAGUUCGAGGCAUACGACGUGAAGGACGCGCAGACUGGGCAGAAGAGGAAGCGCGUGGUACGGAACAGUCGCAGCAAGAAGAAGCAGCGGCCAACACAGCAGGCGGGCGGUCCAGCAGAGUUAGUGCCAGGGUACUCACCUGUCGUCUGGCGCUCACAGACUGGUUCAAGACUCGAGCCAAAACUGCUGGACGAUAACGCGCAGUCGUAUGCGCUGCUCAAGGACUGGAGGAAGAAGCUGCCAGACACACCACGCUGGACACGGGGUUCCCCACAUCCGCCGACACCAACCACGCAGUCAUCCACAAAGGCCGAGAGAAAGGUUGCGUUUGCUCCUGAGCCCAUGUCGCCGACCUCAGACCUUGAAGACGAAGGAGGACUGGAGGAAGAAGGGCUGGAAGAAGAUGAAGAAGAUGAAGAAGCAAUGGAUAUCGACCAAGAAGCACUGAUGGCAGCGCUGCAAAGCCGCCUAGCAGUAGCUGGAGGCCCGCUCAGUGGCAUGGACCCCCAGCAGCUUCUACAAUUCGCCAUGCGGAUGGCUGCCGGCAAGGACGACGGGGACGACAUUGCUGGCGACAUGGCAGAUGCAAUGCUAGACCAGGGCGAGGAAGACGACGACAAAGAAGAUGCAGACGCCGAAGCCAAUCUACUCUCCUGGGUAGCCCAACAGCGGAACGCACAGCCAGAAGCUCUUGCAGCAACACCUAUACCAGACGCCGUUCACGACAACACGCGACCACCAACUCCACCCUUAUCAGAAGCAAAUCGCAGCAUCUGCGCUCCCACCGACGUCCCCAAGCCUGCCCAACCCAAAACGAAGAGCACCGAAGCGAAAACUGGCAUCCCGAAUACACGACAGUCGUCCACUCUUAAGCGGAAGGCAGACGACAGCCUCGACGCAGAGAGCUCUACGAAGGCGACGAAGAAACGAGCUACGAGGUCGUUCGACGCGCCCACUGCGUCUAGUCAGGCGAGGACCUUGCCGGCAAAGCCAACGAGGAGCACACGCGCAAAACGGGGUUGAAGGUCUUAUGUGGACUCGGUCAGGUGCAGGUUACACACUUUGGUUCGUAUGGUUGCAUCGUGCAGACGCCUGUCUUGACGUUUACUUCUAUCACCCUUUUGUCAGCCGCGUUGAGCAUGCUACCACUGCGUCGCACGCAGAGUCGAUGACAUUGCUCUUCUCUUUUUUUCUUUCCUUUCUUCCCCUUGCAUUCAUCAUAUACCCCUUUUUGGCGCACAGAACAAACAAUCGUGCAUACCCAACAACACGCUGGAUUAGUUUGAGUUGAACACCCUCGACGUCAGUAAUACUCCUAGUAGAUAGAUAGCCAUCCAUCCAACACCGCAGCGUCCCCAACCC